AUGGCGUCGUCCGAAUCACCUCAAUCGCCAUCGGCGGACAUGGACCAAGACGAGAAGCCGCGCGUAUUUGUCGACGGACCCGGAGGCGCCGAUACCAAACAGGGUGCCAAGAUUGCCUGUCUCGAGUGUCGUUCGGCCAAAAUCAAGUGCUCUGCCCCCACCGACGGCCAGGUUCCGUGCAAACGUUGCGUCAAACAUCAGAAAGAGUGUCUCUUUGAAAAGCACAAACGCGGUCGAAAGCCAAACAAGCGCUUUUCGGUGCCUUCCGAUCUGCGAGGAGCGACAAGCCACAGUAGUGAAGCCGACUCGUUUGAUCAUUCCAACCGGCCCACCUCUUCAGGCGGCAGAUCUGACUCGCAUCAUUCCACUUCGCUUCACAAGCAGCAGCAGAGCUCGCGGAACGGCCGUGGCACACCCGACAAGGCUCAGCACAAGCAUCUUGAUUCCACUUUUAGCUUCAGUGAAGCGGGCGGUGCCAACCGCCAACUCUUUGCUGACACAAAUUGGAAACCCAGCAACAGCGGUGGGUUUGGUCCGGCGGCUGUUGCGAGAGGUGCGCCACCACUGCACUAUCCGGACGACCGCUUUCACAGCACGUUGGACAAGUAUCCCAACGGAGGUGUUUCGACAUCCAUCUCAGCGCCUUCCACUUUAGCGCAUUCUGCCAUGCCGUACGGCUACACACAGUCUAUACUUCACCCACAACCGCUGCAUCCGCAACCGCAUCAACAUCAUCAGCACCAGCACCAAUUCUCGCAUCAACAUCAACACCCGCACCAGCAGCCUCAGUCGCAUCAACAUCAGCACCAGCCGCAUCAGCAUCAGCACCAACAUCCGCACCAGCCGUCAGCCUAUUCACAUGGGCGACACGGCUCAGAUCAUCCCAGUCCUGGCCGCUGGCGCGAUCGUCCACAAUCCCAAGCUGCUUCAUCUCCUCACAGUUCCCACUCUGGCGUAGCGUCUGGAAAACAGCACGAUGGAUUUCCCCAUGGCCGAAAUCGACCUUACCCUCACAAUGCGCCUGUACCAAGCCAUAGCUAUACACACUGGGACAUUCAGCUUGGAUCCGAGAGGAAUCACAAGAGCACAUUGGAGCUCUCGCCAUCCAGGCGCACUGACUCUUCCACGACCCAGAAUCAGCAGUCGCACAAUUCAAUCUCGCAACACACCAACAGUACCGACAACAGCAGCUCACAAAAGCUCAAAUCAUUGCAUGAGCAACGAAGCACAUCCAAGGGUCGAGUGCAGCGUCGCGACGGUCCAGUAUCUCAUCACCAGCGACCCUCUAGUCGGGGCGGUGUGUACGAGCAAGACGCAGACGAGGAAGACGAAGACGAGCAGGAUGAACUCGAGGACGACGCCGAUGCGACGCGCGAGGAGCACGACUAUGUGCUUUCCAAUCCGCUCAAGCUGCUUGCACAGGCGUCCGACGCAGCUGCUGCUCGCAUCGAAGGCGGACGCGUCGGGCCCGGCAGUCGAAGCUCCCUGGCAGCAGUCGAAACCAUGGGUCUGCUGCAUCCCACUCUGCCGUCCAAUCGCAUGGCGGUCAGCGCCGCUGUCAACCUCACUGGCCUCGGCCGUCCGCUCUAUGGACGGAGGGAGGACGACUCCGCACGCAGUCAACGCGGCUGGCCCUCGAACCGCAUGUUGCCUCCCUUACUCAACACCAGUCGCGGUGUGCAUCCAACCGAUGAAAGCAGUCCACACGCCUCAUCUCGCGGCGCGCCUGCCUUCUUGAAGGAUACCAUGCGAUCAAAGUCGUUCCCCGAGGGCGAACUACCAAAGCUCGAAGCUACCAGUGCAACAGAAGAGUCCGAGUAUGCUGUCGCAGCUGCUGGGGGCUCUGCCACCAGUUCAGCCUCUGUGAACAAGGGCAUCUCGGGCGUACCUCUAGGCCGAUCCAACGUUCUCACCCCAUCCACUCUGGAUCACGAAGCUUGGGAAUACCGCGAAGGAAAAGCACAAGCACGGCGUGGCUAUGCUUCCAGUCCAGGCGGUAUUAGUGCCGACGCUGUCACCACAGGCAGCAGCGUCUCUGCUGGCGUUGCCAACGGCCAAAAGCAGGGUGCCAUCCCGGGCAUCAAUGGAGCAUCGCCUGGCGAGAUCAUCGAGUCCCCUGCUGAUGAGGUCACGACGGCGAUGCUGGGCAAACGCAAGCGUGGACGCUCUCGUGCCACCCGCGGAGGAGGCUUUUCUGCCCGUCGCAGGAGGCUCGCCGAAUGGGACACAGAUGCAGAGACAGGAGAGGCUGCAGAUGAGGAACCCUUCGCCGACCCUACCAAGAGCAAGCAGGUGAUAAUUGCAAUAGCGUCAAAGCCCAACGAUGCAAGUGGCGUCACCUCAGGCGGUGAGAGCGAAGCGGGUGCCUCGCGCAAGGGCUACUUCAACUUGAGUCUCUUUCACAGCAAGAACGAUGAUACCGAUGGCUUGGAUCCGGUCGAACUCGGCUUGGUCGAGCUCAAGGAGCUGGAAAGGCUCUUCGAUAUUUUCUUUGCGCGCAUCAAUCCGGUCUUGGAUCUCUUUGACCCAUUCCUUCACAGCGUUGCGUUUGUGCGCAUGCGCUCUGCUUUUCUCACAACGGUCAUCUCGAGCAUGGCAGCACGCUUUUCCGAUACGCCGCAGGACGCUAAGCUCGCAUCGACACUGGAUAAGCACUGGCAAGAAAAGCUGCUUCCAAUGAUCUUGCUGGGAGGGUACAAGAGUGUAGAAAUCAGUCAAGCGUUCUUGAUUCUGACCACGUACAGCCGACCCACCAACCGGCUUGUUGAUGAUCGCUCAUGGCAGUAUCUGGGAUUUGCGAUUCGCACUGCCACCGAGGUUGGCGUCAACCGCAAAGUUACGCCUAGCGAGAAUUUGCUUGGCAAUGAGCAGGUGGCUCGCCGCGUUCGAAAUAGAGAGAGGCUUUGGUUCAAUUUGUUCCUCUAUGAUCGAACCUUGAGCGCCCAGACCGGCCGACCUUGGACCAUCUCAGAGGACCGCAUGAUUGUGCAGAGCUCCAUGUGGCAUCGCCAAGAUUUUGCACUGCCCGAGGACGUUUCGUUGGUCAGCUUGAUCAAGUUGCGCCGUAUCACGGCUCAACAUACCGAGGCCUUCGAUACCUACCUUACCAGCCCGGACCGAUUUGACGAGACGCAGACGGCGACAGCGCUCGGUGUGGGUGGACAGAGCAUGUUCGACCGCCGCCUUGCUGGUCUCGAGUUUUUCCGCAAGAACGCCAAUGCCGACCUUGAAAAAUGGAAGGAGACCUGGUGCAUCAAUACUGAGGACAAGAUUAAGGAGGUCGAUACGAGCGCCGCAGCUGGCAAGUACUUGGUCCGAUGGGCGCCGACGGCCAAGCUGUUUUACUACCAUUCCCGGCUAUUGAUCAAUUCGCUGGUGCUGGGCGCUACCGAGCAAUAUGAGGGCUUCCUUUCUGGGUCUUCGGUCUCAGUCGACUGUUGGACGUCAGCCAUCUCGCUCAUCGACACGGUGCUCAACGAUUUUUCAGAGGAAGCGUUGGUGACAUGGUCGAACGAUCGAGUGGUCAUGGCGGUUUAUGCUGCUGUUUCAGCCGUCCGUAUGACGAACAUGAAGCACAAGUACGCCUUUGCCGACAAAGAGACGUUGUUGGCGCUGGUACGCCGUCUGGCGACCAGCAUGACGAUUGCGGGAAAGACACCACGACAUCGUAACGGCUCCGCUACGCCGUAUGGUCGGUACCUCAAGUCUGUCUUGGGCGCUUUCGAGCCCGAAAACCGUGCUGUCGCGGUGACGACACAGAGUAGCUCGACUGCGACGGCACAGACUCCGGGCAAGGAUAGCGAACAGGCGACUUCGAUCACGACGAGUAGUCUUGCGCCCGGUGACAGUUGCUCUGCUGCUGCCACUCCAUCCGCUGCGGUUGCGGCGGAAGGAGCAGCGAUUGCAGUGGGAUCUAGGCAGGUUGCCGAGGGUUCUGGCGAUGCAGCAACUGUGGAUGCAACAGGUGGAGGUGUGGCGCAGGAUGACUUGAUUUUAGGUGCUGCAACGACAAAGGGAGACGGAGAUGCUGACACGGGUAACGGUAAUGCAGGUGUGGUCGUGAAGACAGAAAAUGUGACCAAUGGUCUAGUUGCGGCCAAGCCAUUGACGCAGGUGCCGUUGAUUGUCGCUGAUGGUAACAGCAUGGAUUUGGACAUUUCGGCGGCUGCUUCGCAGCUAGCAGCUGUGGAUUCGAGUCUCGAAGCUCAGGGUGGAAUGGAAAAGCUGCUCACACAGAUGCCGAUUGAUGGUGUGGCUGUAGCUGCCAAUGCAGCGGGCAUGCUGACGCCCGCUGGCGGAGCAACGGUGAGCGACAUGGGUUGGCCUGUUGGAACCUCUAGACCAGCUUCGUCGUCGCUCUCAUCGUCAGGUGGAGGCGAGACAGCGAAUCUGCUUACUGCACCAGCGUCGAACCUUUUGCUCGGCUCCUCGAUCUCAACAGCCGCAUUAGGAGCAAGCGACGCCACGUCGGCGGGUUCGGACGCUGACGCUGUGGUAGCAGCCGUCGCAGCAGCGGCGAUGCCUGAUAUAGUGGAUGACCCAGAGUCGCUCGAACGCAUGUGGAACUACAUGACGUCGUUCGAGCACACAUCCUUCUGGCAGCCCCAGAGCACGUGGAAUCUCACUGGGACGGCACAGGGUCAAGGUCAACAGGGUCAGCAUGGGGGCGCGAGCGGGCAUUCGUGA